AAAGAGCAAGCGGUGAGGAAGGAAAUAAAGAUGCCAAGUAACAAAUCCGCUGUCAAAGAGACGUCCGCUUCAAACUCCGAGUUUGAUACUUCACUCCUCCCCGAGUCAAUCCCCUCUUUAAAAAUCAAGAAAACCGUUGCAUAUAUUGAAGCCUAUACCACAAAUUAAAUCAAUAGUUAACACUUACAAUCAAGAAUUCAAUAAAAUUAUGACGGAGGAGAUUAAUAAGAGCUCGCAUGGGAAGAAGAACAAGUCUCAGCGGCUAGGCUUAACUGUUGGUGCUGGAGAUGGUAUAGGAGGGAUUGUUUUGUUGGGUGGAGGUUUGGCUGUUGCAGGUUUGAUUGCAGCUUUUUCAAUCAUCAAGAACAGAAAUGGAAAGAAGUGUGAUAACUCCGCCACUCCUUCCAACGAAAAAAAGGAUGCCACACAAGGCCUCGAUUUGUUUCUUCAAACUCCAUCAACCCCUUUGCACCAGAAUCAGAAUUCAUGCAUCACAAGCCAUGAAACAUCAAAGGUUGCCGUCACUGUAAGUCAAAUUGAUUCUCCCGAGACUGUCUCUAUCCAUAGUUUGGCCUUGGGAGAUCAAGCUGUGCCGAUAUUGGAUGGAGAAAAAGAGAAACCUAGCAAUUUUCAUCCAGAAAACUUCUCUAAUAUUAGCGCUGAAGUGUCUUCAUUGCCAGCGCCUGAUGGCCCCUCUUUGGCUAAAACAGAAAAUAUGAUCAAGAAUGAAUCUGGUGGGGAUUUGCAUUUGAAGGAAACCAUUGAAGUAAAGAAAGGGGAUGAUGAAGUAGAAACGGAAAAUUUGGCAGUAGAAAAAAAUUUACCAAUUCAAUUAGCUGAAGAUGAAGAAGAAGAAGAAGAUGAUGAUGAUGAUGGUGGUGGGAGUAGUGAUGAAGAUGUCACAGAGGAAGAGGUAGAGAGCUUGGAAGAAGAAUCAUCAUUGGAGGAACAUUCACCGAUACAAUCAGUUGAAGAAGAAGAAAAAGAAGAUGGUGUUGGUGAUAGGGGAAAGGAAUGCCUCAUGGUGAAAGAGGGAGAGAGCUCAGAAGGAGAAUGGUCAGUGGAAGAUGAAGUAAAGAAAGAGGAUGAGUGGGGAGAAAUGGGAAAACUGGCAGUAGAAGAAAAUUCACCAACCCAAUCAGUUGAAGAGGAAGAAGCUGAUGAUAGUAGCGAAGAACAUAACAUAGAGAGAGAGGAAGAAAGCUCGGAAGGAAAAUUGUCAGUAGAAGAAAAUGCAGCAAUGGAAUCAGCUGAAAAGGAAAAAGAAGACGGCCACGACAACAAUGAUGAGGAUAGUGGUGAAGAACAUGUGAUGGAGAAAGAGGAAGAGAGCUCAGAAGGAACUGUAUGCUCAUCUAUUGAAUCUAACGUUCAGGCAAUUUGGCCAGCAGAGAUGAUAGAGGCCUUGUCAGAGGAACUCAAAGGAUUGAAUGCCAUCAACCAGAAGAAAGCAAACGAAACAGAGAAUUACCAUUUCUUGGACUGCAAAAGGAAGAGAAAUAUCAAGAUUGAAGACGAAAGCAAUAAUGAAACUACUGAAAACGCAACAACUGUAUUUCACAAGAAAGCAGCUCAGGCGGUCGUCAUGAUGAAGGAUCUAACAGUGAACGAUCUGAACCGGCGAAUUUGGGUUUGGUCAAUUUUGGUGUUACUGUUGCUGCUGCUACUGUUGCAUAUUCAUCGUACAGCUGUCCCCGCCAAUCUUACUUAUCAUCAACCUGUCACUGUUCCUUGAAUUGAAUAAAUUGUCCCUGUCAAAAAUGAAUUUUCCAUGAGUUGAAGUAUACAAUAAAGGCUUUUAUUCAUUGUCAA